AUGCGGAUAAUUCCGUCCCAUACGGCUGGCAUGGCUCGGCUGAGGGUCGACUGGCACAGUCCCGAUCGGUCGGCCAGCUCCCUCUGGAAUGCCCCGGUUGCCAGGAACCCCAGUGUGGUCAGCACCUGUAUGGGCACAGGCAGCGCAUGGCUCCUGGCUGUGUUGCGCUCCAAGGCUGGCCGCAGCUCUGCGCACAGUUCCACGAGGAUUGCCCUCGGGAGCCUAAAGCGGCUGAUGAGCCAGUCGUCAUCGUGUGCCACUUCUCCUCAGCGGCGCAGGAUCAGCCCGGCGGUCAGUGCUGUCACUCAGACAGAGUCUCCAGCCAUGAGGAGCACCGCCAUCGGGACAGCGCCACUCUGCCACAGGAUCGCCUUUAACCGAGGAAGCAGCGCAGAGUUUCCCAAAGACUUCCAGAGUUUGUGCGGAUUAUUCCAGCAGCAGGACGCCAGCAGCUUGCUUUGUGUGCGUACGUCCAUGAUCGGGGCGGCGAGCAAACUCAGCAAAGAUGGAAAAACCUGGUGGAGGCAGGAGGCAUCAACUACCCAACAUAACCUGAAGAACUGGAAGGGACUCUAUAGGCUGAAAGCCAGACACAGGGAGGACAGACACAAUUUCCAUGUCAAUGAGCUGAUGGAACAGGACGGAUCAGCUUUCAGUUUCCACAAUGUGAUGCUGUGGGUGGUGGCUUCACUGCUAACACUAGUGAAAGAUGUGUUUUCUGAGGAGGACAAUAAAGAGGCUCGGCCAGACCUCCAGCGAGUCCACAGGCAGCCCUCUCUGUCUCCUGCUGAGGGUCUGGAACAGGACAGCGGCAUCCCCGCACCCUGGCCUCAUGCCCUUGAAAAGUGGUCACUAAUGCACAAAGAGGAAAUCCAACAGAGCAGAUGGCGGCACACCAAUUCACCCAGAACCUCAAGGAGGAACCGCAAGAAGAACAAGAGCAUUCACGACUGCCACUUGGAGAGGAAGGAGAUGCGGGUGCGGGAUCUUGGUCUUGGCUACGACUCAGACGAAAUAGUCCUCUUUAAGUACUGUGAUGGGACAUGCCACAGCUCCCGCAAGAACUAUGACCUGGCCCUCAAGGCCCUGAUGGACAACGGGAGUAUUUCUGGCAAGAGGGUCAGUGGACACCCCUGCUGUCGUCCUACCCGUUAUGAGACUGUGUCCUUCAUGGACACCCAGACUACCUGGCAGACAAUUAAGUGGCUCUCUGCGGCUGACUGCAGCUGUGUGGGCUGA